AUGACUCAUAAUGAUAUUGGACACAUAAAUAAUCUCAAUCAAAGUCAAUAUGAAGCUUUGAAAAAGUGUUGGAUUGUACUGACAGAUGCGAUAUGUGAAGAAAAUUCGAAACCGAUUGAUGAAAUUGUUGGUUCAAAUGAAGGUGAUGCAUUGUUUCAUUCUAUUGGUUAUGAUAAUCCCGAUGUUUUAAUUCUUCGUUGGUUACGAGCACGUAAAUGGGAUAUCGAUGCUGCUGUUCAACAAUUAAUGGAAACAUUAAAAUGGAGAAAAGAAUCGGCCGUCGAUAAUUUACUUUUAAAAGGUGAAAACGAACUGAAUUUAGAUGAAAUUCAAACAAAGAAAAGUUAUUAUAUGGGUUAUGAUAAAGUUGGUCGACCAAUCAGUUAUAUUCACGUUCGAGAACAUAUUAAAGAUCAAUUUCCUGCUGAACAAACAGAAAAAUUUGGAAUCUUUUCCGUCGAAAUAGGUCGAAAAUUACUUAAAGAAUCAAUUGAAACAGGAACAGUUGUUAUCGAUAUGAGUGGAUUUGGGAUGAAUAAUAUGGAUUAUACUUUAGUUAAAUAUUUUCUUCAUUUACUUGAAAAUUUUUAUCCCGAAUCACUUGGUCUUGCUUUGAUUGUUCAUUCACCAUUGAUUUUCUACAGUUGUUGGGCAGUGAUUAAACAUUGGUUAGAUCCAGUUAUACAAAAUAAAAUUCAUUUUCUUCGAAAUAAUCAAGAUUUAUUGGAAUUUAUUCAUCCAUCAAAUAUUCCCAAAUGUUUACAAGGAAAUCAUCCUGAUUUCCAAUAUGUUCCACCAUCCAAUGAAGAAAAGACGAUGCAGAAAGCAUUUUAUGCUGAUAAACAAGGAAGAAAAAUUGCUCGAGCGAAUCAUCGACGAGCUGCUCGAGAUUAUUUGAAUAUAACUUUACGAUGGGCAAAUGGAGAUGAAAAUUUAGUAGAAGAAAGAAAACAAGCGACACGGGAUUUACGAGAUACUUUUGAACGAUUUGUUCCUUAUAUUCAUAAUCAAACAUGUUAUCAUCGAAUUGGAAUGAUCAAUGAACCGAUUUUUAAUAUUGCUUAUCAAAAUCUUUGUGAAAGAAAUCAAUUAAAUAUUGUACAGUUUUAA